GGUGGGACCUGGGGCCGAGAGCGGUUCGCGCGCUUCGGGCCUAGUCCGGACUCGCCGCCGCCUCCGCCAUAUUCCCGGUAACGGGGGCGCGCGGCCGUGGGCCGGCUGGGCCGGAAGAGGGCUCGGGGCCAGCGCUGAGACUGGGAGGGGGAUACCGCAGUGGCAUCUUCCUUACUUUGUCCGUUCUCCGGGCUCGCGAUCUUCCUUCCGGAGCCAUGUCAGAAGGAGUGGACUUGAUUGAUAUCUAUGCUGACGAGGAGUUCAAUCAGGACCCAGAGUUCAACAAUACAGAUCAGAUUGACCUCUAUGAUGACGUCUUGACAGCCACCUCCCAGCCCUCAGAUGAUAGAAGCAGCAGCACUGAGCCACCUCCUCCUGUUCGCCAGGAGCCGUCUCCCAAGCCCAAUAACAAGAGUCCUGCGAUCCUGUACACGUACAGCGGCCUCCGCAAUAGGCGAGCUGCUGUCUACGUGGGCAGCUUCUCCUGGUGGACCACAGACCAGCAGCUGAUCCAGGUUAUUCGCUCUGUAGGAGUCUAUGAUGUGGUGGAGUUGAAGUUUGCAGAGAACCGAGCAAACGGCCAGUCCAAAGGGUAUGCUGAGGUGGUGGUAGCCUCUGAAAACUCUGUCCACAAAUUGUUGGAACUCCUUCCAGGAAAAGUUCUUAAUGGAGAAAAAGUGGACGUGAGGCCGGCCACCCGGCAAAACCUGUCACAGUUUGAGGCACAGGCUCGGAAACGUGAGUGCGUCCGAGUCCCAAGAGGGGGAAUACCUCCACGGGCCCAUUCCCGGGAUUCUAGUGAUUCUGCUGAUGGACGGGCCACACCCUCUGAGAACCUUGUACCCUCAUCGGCCCGUGUGGAUAAGCCCCCCAGUGUGCUACCCUACUUCAAUCGCCCUCCUUCAGCCCUCCCCCUGAUGGGUUUGCCCCCACCCCCAAUUCCACCUCCUCCUCCUCUCUCCUCAAGUUUUGGGGUCCCUCCUCCUCCUCCUGGCAUCCACUACCAGCAUCUCAUGCCCCCUCCUCCUCGAUUACCUCCUCAUCUGGCUGUACCUCCCCCUGGGGCCAUCCCACCUGCCCUUCACCUCAAUCCAGCCUUCUUCCCCCCACCAAAUGCUACAGUGGGGCCUCCACCAGAUACUUACAUGAAGGCCUCCGCACCCUAUAACCACCAUGGCAGCCGAGAUUCGGGCCCUCCGCCCUCUACAGUGAGUGAAGCAGAAUUUGAAGAGAUCAUGAAGCGAAAUAGAGCAAUUUCCAGCAGUGCCAUUUCCAAAGCGGUGGCUGGAGCCAGUGCAGGGGAUUACAGUGACGCGAUUGAGACGCUGCUCACAGCCAUUGCUGUUAUCAAACAGUCCCGGGUCGCCAAUGAUGAGCGUUGCCGUGUCCUCAUCUCCUCUCUUAAGGACUGUCUUCAUGGCAUUGAAGCCAAGUCCUACAGUGUGGGUGCCAGCGGGAGCUCGUCCAGGAAAAGACAUCGGUCCCGAGAGAGGUCACCUAGCCGGUCCCGGGAGAGCAGCAGGAGGCAUCGGGACCUGCUUCAUAACGAAGAUCGGCAUGAUGAGUAUUUCCAAGAAAGGAACCGGGAGCACGAGAGACACCGGGAUAGAGAACGGGACCGGCACCACUGAGAAAGGAGUCUGGUUGGAAGCAAAUGUUUUUUUAAUGGACUUGCAUCUCCUCACCUUGAUCAGGACUAAAGGACGGAGGCCACUCCACCCCCCCCCCUUCCUCCAAACCCCUGACCCCCUUCAGACACCCAGGGAAUACCCUCUGCCCUACAGGACUGAAGACUGCCUGGCAGCCCUCCCAGUCCCACCCCUCCUGUUUGUCAGGGGAAGGAACCUGAAGACUUUGUGUGGUUGGGAGGGCUGGCAGACAGGAAGAAAACCUGUCCAGACCCCUGGUCUCCACAGAGAAUGGUGCUUUGUCCAAGGAAACGUAGGAGUUUCUGAUUCUCCAGGAGCAGUUCAGUGGUGAGGCUGAUAGGAAGACUUUCUUCCCAAAGAAAACGGAUCCUCCCUGCAGGAUCCGGGAGAGUGACUGGGUGUGCCAAAAUAUGCCCAGGCUCCUGCCCUCCGCACGAGGCUUGGUGGGGCCAAGAGGGUCCAAACCCCUUGCUAACAUACCACUUCUUUGUUUAACUCCUUUACCUUCCCAGCCCUUUGAGGAGGGACUCUGAGAACAGAAAUUCCCUUACGAGAAGCUUCUCCUGUUCUUGCUUUUCCCUCUUACAUAUUGACGGUUCGUUUCCCUGACCUCCCAGAGGGCUGAACCUUCCCACCUCCCUGCUGCCCAGCUGCCUCAGUGGACUUGCCCCUCCUAAGUAGAGAAGGCCCCUGAGGUUGCUUGCUGCCGGGGAGCCUGGCAGAGCCAGUUACCACCCGCUGCUGCUCCGUGCUUGGUUGCCUCUUGGAAGAACCCGCUGUACUAGGUGUUCCCUUUCCUGGGGCUUUUUCAUUUCACACGUGGAGCCCCUCCCCCAAGAAGGCUGCUUCCUUGUUUUAGAGGAAGCUACUGCCCUUGGGAGAUGGGGACAUCGGACCUCAGCAGUGAAGAACCCUUGUGAACUCCAGGAGCGGGAGGACGGAGGCAGGUUGGGCAGGCUGUGGCCUACUUCCAUAGAGGCUUUCAUUUUUCAGGUUCGAUGUAAGCAUGGGCUUGCAUCCCCCAGGUACAUACCUAUUUUACUCACUGUGGGAGAACCUGGCACUAGCAGGCAGGUGAAGUCACAGAUUUGGUGUCUUUCCACCUUUUGACUGUUGAUGUAUUAAUAGUUCCCCUCGCUCAGUGUGGAGGUGCUUCCUGCCUCUGAUGAGUGAGGAGGAAGUGGGGCCUGACUCAGGUGAGCUCAGCUCAGAGUUCUAAGGACCACCACUCCGGGGGCCAUUUUCUACACAGGCAAAUGGAAUUGCUUUUCCCAUAACAUCCAAGUUGUGUGGUUGCUGCCGACGACAGCUGCAGCUACAGAGUCCUGCGGUACCCGUGGGGCGAUGGCUGCUGCCUCUGCAUGCGUGUACGGGGCACAUGACAUCUAACAGGAGAAGAGACGUGGCAUGUGAGACGAGCUGUGGCAUGUGAGACGCAGGGUCACCCGAGACCCUCUGGCUCAGAGGGGAGAGACUGAGUUGGACCGGAACCCUUCUUCUUCCCUGCACGUUUCUGAUGUAGCCCUCAGUCAGUCAGUGAGGGGGUCCCCGCAGGGCUGGAGAGGCACAUUCCCUUGGGACAGAGGCUACAUGUUUGCAGCUUUUUUCCCCCUGUCCCCAACCCCAUCCCCACCUCCACUUCAGAACAUGGCCCCCCGCCCGGCUGGCCAAGUGUUAAGUGAUGUGCUUAUCCUCGAGAGCAGCUCCGGGUGUCUUUUUAAAAUGUAGAGAAAACCAAGUAAGGUGACAGUUUAAGGAAAAAAAAUAUAUAGAAUACCAGAAAAGCCGUUUACCCGGAGAAUUUUUUCUCCCCAUUUUUGUUUUGUUUUUACUCAAUGACACAAAUUUUAGUUCUAUUUCCUGAUAGCAAAAGGAAAAAAAAAAAAAAAAAACCCAGCCCUCAAAAAGGCCAAGGCCCCGUCCCCCUGUUGUCGGUGAUUUGUUUGUCUUUCUGAUAGGUUGAAAAUUGUGUAAUAAACUUGAUGACGCUGUCAAUCUUUUA